CAGGAAAAUAGGUAUUAACACAUCAUUUUAUCUCUUAUCUCAGAUGUAUAUUUAAAAAUAUUUGAAAAAAAUCGACAAUAGCAUCUGCCACUGUAUUCACCAUAAAAAUGUUACUGCUGCUCACAGUGCUCUUAAGCAGUGUUGCAACUAGUUUUGCUACGCCAGUGCAAGACUUACGUCUAGACAACACCGCUUCUGUUGACCUAACCGCUGUAGCAUGUGAAAUCAACCCUUUCGCCACCACACCAGCCCCACUUCUGGUAAGAAACAGCAAUUUCGUGUAUCCUUCUGGAGCAGGUCGGAGCACCAUCACUUUCGCUGCUGGAGAAACUAUAGAUUUUGCUUGUCCUGGUGGUAGAUUGGUUUUGGAUGGCGCUAGUACCACUUUACAGGUGGCCACCGCCUCCUGUGUCAGCGGUACCAGGUUUAUCGUGAACAAUGCCAGGUACCUUUGGAAUCAAGUGAGGUGCUCAGCCAAUCCAGUAUCUAGCUCAAGAUAUACAGGGAGGACAUGUGAGGCCGGUGGGAGGGAGGCAGAAAUCGGUUUUGCUAUAACCACCUCGAGGUUUGCAAGGACAAUGCUGAUUUGCUUUGAUGCAGCAAGGCAAACUACUAUUUACUCUUAUUAUGACUUGAUUCCUGCCAUUAAUCAGCAAAUAACAGGUACUCCACGUCCAAGUUGGACUCAGGGUUCAGGCAUGUUCACUCUAAACAACGUUAACACCUUGUACACUACUGCCACUCAGAGAGUGACCAUCAAUGGUUUGCUUGGGUUAUCAUCAACCAGCACCACGGUCAUCCAGAACAACAACUACUUCUUAUCCAGGGGUCACCUGACUGCCCGUAGUGAUUUCUUUUACGCAGCGCAACAAAACAGCACUUUCCACUUUCUGAACGCGCUGCCUCAAUGGCAAACCUUCAACGGAUUCAACUGGGACCAAGCCGAGAAGGACGUGCAAGACUAUGCCGAGAGAAACAAUGCUCAGCUGCAAGUCUGGACUGGUGGAUUUAACAUGACCACUUUGCCUCACUCACGUACCGGAGUAGAAACUGAACUUUACCUGUCCGUGAGUGGAUCUCAGAGACUUCUUCCAGUUCCAGAUCUUUUCUGGAAGGUUGUUUAUAACCCGACGACUAAAAGAGGAGUCGCCCUCAUUGGUGUUAACAAUCCUUACAAGACAGCCAAUCAGAUCAACAGGUUCUGUGAUGAUCGAUCGGACUUGCUCACAUGGUUGAACUGGAGGAAAAAUGACCAGGCCAGAGGGAUUUCUUGGGCGUGUACUGUGCCAGCCUUCCGGAGAAUCGUUAACAGUUUUCCUAAUGUAGAAAUUAGUGGCCUUUUGUUUUAGUUUGAGCAUUAUUCAAUAAAGGCUUCGUAUGUAUAAGAUAUGAA